UGGGUGAAGUCAUACUCACAGCACUGCAUUGAUCACCCUUACUGUCAAUGCAUCAUCUUGUUGGACUGCUUUACAUACAAUGAAAUUGCUUUGCUAUUUUUCCCCAGAGGGACGCACCACUGGGUGCCCCGCACCCAGCGUUUGUUUGGGGGUCAAAUAGUUGGCCAGGCCCUCGUUGCUGCUGCCAAAUCAGUCGGAGAUCAUUUCUAUGCUCAUUCUCUCCACUGCUACUUUGUACGAACAGGGGAUCCAAAGGUUCCAGUGCUGUACCAGGUGGACCGCACACGAGAUGGUCGCAGUUUUACAGUACGCUCUGUGAAAGCCAUCCAGCACGGGCACCCGAUAUUUAUCUGCCAAGCGUCCUUCCAACUGCUGCAGCCAAGUCCCCUGCAGCACCAGUUCACCAUGCCACAGGUCCCUCAGCCUGAAGACCUCCUCACUGUAGAGGAGCUUAUUCAUCUUUAUCUCAGUAAACCAGACCUGGCAGAUAAAUCAAGACAAGGCCUUAACAAACUACUGGCUAAUGAGGUCCCCAUUGAGAUAAAGCCAGUCAACCCACCACAUUUUUACAGACAUGCUGCAAGUGAGCCGAAGAAGCUGUUCUGGGUGCGAGCACGAGGAUAUAUUGGUGAAGGCAACAUGAAGCUGCAUUGCUGCGUUGCUGCUUAUGUAUCAGACUUUGCAUUCCUGGGCACGGCGCUGCUGCCUUAUCCCAACUACAGGGCGCACUUCUCAGCCUCCCUGGACCAUGCCAUGUGGUUCCACAACACCUUCCGCAGUGAUGAGUGGAUGCUGUAUGAGUGUGAGAGCCCAUGGGCAGGGGGCAGCAGGGGACUUGUUCAGGGCCGACUGUGGAGGAGAGAUGGGGUGCUGGCUGCCUCGUGUUCCCAGGAGGGUGUCCUGAGGGUGAAACCAGUCACAGAGCCCAGCAAACUAUAAGCACAUCCAUGAGAUUUCUUUCAGUUUUAAUUAUUUGUAACUGUAAUUACAGAAAUAUUGUUAAGUUUUAUACAUAAAAUGAUUAAUAUAAUGAUAAUAAAUUAAUUAUUGUUUUAUUAAACGUGUUUUUUUCAGCCAAUAAAGACUAAAAGGUUAUAAUGAA